CAUCAAAACUUUAGUUUGUUGAGAGGUUAAACUUACUUCAAAUAUUUCUAUUCAAAUGAAAAAAUUGAAUAAAAUCUUAUGAACUAAUAAUAUUUUUACAUAUUCAAGUUGAAAAAUCAUCUAAGCUCAAGCCAUGGCUGAUGCGGCGGCUAGACAGCUGCAAUAUGAGUACAAAGCUAACUCUAAUCUUGUAUUGCAAGCUGAUGUUCGACUUAUUGAGAGAAGAAGUAGAGAUGAAGCAACAGGAGAGGUCAUGUCACUUGUUGGCAAAUUGUCGGGUACUAAAAUGGGGGAUAAAGCACAAAGAACUCGUCCUGGAAAAGCUGAGGAACGAAAAGCAAAGCGCCAAAAAAGAGAUGAAGCGCAGUACGAUUUUACGAGGAUGAAAGGUGCCACACUUUUAUCUGAGGGUGUGGAUGAAAUGGUGGGAAUCAUUUAUAGACCUAAAACUCAAGAAACAAGGCAAACAUAUGAAGUUUUGCUAAGUUUCCUGCAAGAAGCAUUAGGGGAUCAACCAAGGGAUAUUUUAUGUGGUGCCGCUGAUGAGGUAUUAGCGGUGCUUAAAAAUGAAAAAUUGAAAGAAAGGGAGAGGAAAAAAGAAACUGAGGUUUUAUUAGGUCCUAUAGCUGAUGAACGUUUUGCGUUAUUAGUUAAUUUAGGUAAAAAAAUAACAGAUUUUGGAAAUGAGGAUGCCAAAGCUAAUGUUACUGAAGAGAACAUAGAUGAGCAGUAUGGAAUAAACGUACAAUUUGAAGAAUCUGAAGAGGAAGACGAUGAAGACGUUUACGGAGAAAUAAGGGAAGAAAUGGAUGAUGAUGAUGGGGAAGAAGCAAGAGAAGAUGGUGCUAUUCAUGCUGAAAAUUUGGGGGUAACAGAGGAAAUGAAAAAGGAAAAAAGUUUGCACCCUCUCGAUAUUGAUGCUUAUUGGUUGCAAAGAAAACUUUCAAAAAUUUAUAACGAUGCUAUGAUUUCACAAGCUAAGGCUGCUGAGGUGUUAAAUGUUUUGAGAGACGCUGGAGAUGAUAGAGAAUGUGAAAACCAGCUUGUACUACUCUUAGGCUAUGAUUGUUUCGACUUCAUUAAAGUUUUGAAAAAGCAUCGUCAAAUGAUAUUAUAUUGUACACAGCUGGCCAAAUCACAAAGCGAUUCAGAAAAAGAAAAAAUUAAGAACAAAAUGUUGGAAGACCCUCUUUUGACAAGGAUUUUAAAAAUUCUGGACACCGGGAAAGGUGAAGAUGAUAGAGAUGACGAAGAAUCUACUUCUCGAUCCUCAAGAAGAAAACACGAUUCAAAUGAUCUAGACAUGACCAAUACUGCUCAAGUAUCUGGGUCUAGACAUCUGAUCGAUUUGGAAGAUCUUAUUUUUUCCCAAGGGUCUCACUUCAUGGCAAAUAAGAGGUGUCAGUUACCUGAGGGGUCCUUCAGGAAACAAAGAAAAGGUUACGAAGAAGUACAUGUACCAGCUCUUAAACAAAAACCUUUUGGAGAUAAUGAAAAACUUACACCAAUAGAAGAGUUGCCAAAGUAUGUUCAACCAGUAUUCGACGGUUUUAAAUCAUUGAACAGGAUUCAGAGUCGACUUUGCAAAAAAACGCUAGAAUCAGAUGAAAAUCUUUUGCUUUGUGCUCCAACUGGUGCUGGUAAAACCAACGUUGCUCUUUUAUGCAUGAUGAGGGAAAUUGGAAAACAUAUUAAUACUGAUGGAACAAUCAACGCCGAUGAGUUCAAGAUAAUUUAUGUAGCACCAAUGAGAUCGUUGGUGCAAGAAAUGGUUGGAAAUUUUGGGAAAAGGCUUGCUAGUUAUAACAUAACUGUAUCAGAAUUAACUGGUGAUCAUCAGUUGACUCAUGAACAGAUCGCUGCAACACAGGUUAUUGUGUGUACACCUGAAAAAUGGGAUAUCAUAACAAGAAAAGGGGGGGAAAAAACCUUCACUUCCCUUGUGCGAUUAAUCAUCAUUGAUGAAAUCCAUCUUUUACACGAUGAAAGAGGUCCUGUAUUGGAGGCUUUAGUAGCCAGAACUAUAAGGAUGAUCGAAUCAACUCAAGAAGAUGUUCGUUUAGUUGGCCUAUCUGCCACUUUACCUAACUAUCAAGAUGUUGCCACGUUUUUGAGAGUGAAACAAGAUUCUGGUUUAUUUUAUUUUGAUAAUAGUUUCAGGCCUGUGGCUUUGGAACAACAAUAUAUUGGAGUUACUGAAAAGAAGGCUCUUAAAAGAUAUCAGGUUAUGAACGACAUUGUCUAUGAAAAAACUAUGGAACAUGCUGGUCGUAAUCAAGUUUUAGUCUUUGUUCAUUCUCGUAAAGAAACUGGAAAAACAGCGAGAGCGAUAAGAGACAUGUGUCUAGAAAAGGACACUCUGGGACAAUUUCUCAGGGAAGGAUCCGCUUCCAUGGAAGUUUUGAGGACAGAAGCUGAACAAGUCAAAAAUCAAGAAUUGAAAGAUUUGCUUCCUUACGGUUUUGCCAUACAUCAUGCUGGAAUGACCAGAGUGGACAGAACACUGGUGGAAGAUUUGUUUGCAGACAGACAUAUACAAGUGCUGGUUUCGACAGCCACUUUGGCUUGGGGUGUUAAUUUACCCGCUCAUACAGUCAUUAUUAAAGGAACACAGAUUUACAAUCCAGAAAAAGGGAGAUGGGUAGAAUUGGGUGCCUUAGAUGUUCUCCAAAUGCUUGGUAGAGCUGGUAGACCCCAAUACGAUACCAAAGGAGAAGGUAUCCUCAUCACGAAUCAUAGUGAAUUGCAAUACUACCUCUCUCUGCUCAAUCAACAACUACCCAUAGAAUCGCAGCUGAUUUCAAAACUUCCCGACAUGUUGAACGCUGAAAUAAUCCUAGGAACGAUUCAAAACAUGAAAGAUGCAGUAACCUGGUUGGGGUAUUCCUACCUCUACAUUAGGAUGUUGAGGCAGCCCACCCUUUACGGCAUAUCGCAUGACCAUUUGAAACAGGAUCAAUUGUUGGAGCAACACAGAGCCGAUCUUAUACAUACAGCUGCUACACAACUCGACAAAUGUGGAUUAGUCAAAUACGAUCGAAAAACUGGACAAUUCCAAGCCACAGAAAUUGGAAGAAUAGCUUCUCAUUAUUAUUGCACACACGAAACGAUGCAAACCUAUAAUCAGUUACUUAAACCUAUGCUCAGUGAAAUAGAGCUGUUCAGAGUGUUUUCCCUAUCGGGUGAAUUCAAAAACAUAACAGUUCGUGAAGAAGAAAAAUUAGAAUUACAAAAAUUAAUGGAAAGGGUUCCGAUUCCUAUAAAAGAGAGUAUGGAGGAACCUAGUGCUAAAGUGAAUGUACUCCUUCAAGCAUACAUUAGCCAGUUGAAACUCGAAGGAUUUGCUCUGAUGUCGGACAUGGUGUAUGUUACUCAAUCAGCUGCUAGAUUAAUGAGAGCAAUUUUCGAAAUCGUUUUACACAGAGGAUGGGCACAGUUAGCUGAUAAAUCGCUUGCUUUAUGCAAAAUGAUAGAUAAAAGAAUGUGGCAAUCGAUGUCGCCUCUGAGACAGUUUAGAAAGAUGCCAGAAGAGAUAAUAAGGAAAAUCGAGAAAAAAAAUUUCCCAUGGGAAAGACUUUAUGACUUAGGUCCGAACGAAAUAGGAGAAUUGAUCCGUGUACCGAAAUUGGGCAAAACGAUACACAAGUACGUCCAUCAGUUUCCCAAACUAGAACUGUCGACUCACAUUCAGCCGAUCACCAGAGCAAUGUUGAAAGUGGAACUCACCAUAACCCCAGAUUUCCAAUGGGACGAAAAGUUACACGGUCAAUCCGAAGCGUUCUGGAUUCUGGUGGAAGAUGUGGAUUCAGAAGUCAUCUUACAUCAUGAAUAUUUCUUACUCAAAUCUAAAUAUUGUCAGGAUGAACAUCUGGUGAAAUUCUUCGUUCCGAUAUUUGAACCUUUACCCCCUCAAUAUUUCUUGAGGAUAGUAUCCGAUCGUUGGAUAGGAGCUGAAACGCAGUUGCCAAUCUCGUUCAGGCACUUGAUACUCCCUGAAAAGAAUUUCCCUCCUACAGAUUUACUAGAUCUGCAACCGCUUCCUAUAACGGCCCUCAGAAAUGAUAAAUACGAAUCGUUGUACAAGAAUAAAUUUCCUCAGUUUAAUCCAAUUCAAACGCAAGUUUUCAAUUCGGUUUACAACAGUGAUGAUAACAUUUUCAUUGGGGCUCCCACUGGCUCCGGAAAGACCACUAUAGCAGAAUUCGCUAUUUUACGGUUAUUCGAAAAGAAUGCAGAAGGUAGAUGUGUAUACCUUGUACCUAAGGACGCCUUAGCUGAACUAAUUUUUGCUGAUUGGCACAAUAAAUUCAGUCAGUUAUUGGGCAAGAAAGUUGUAUUACUCACCGGUGAAACAGGAACAGAUCUUAAGCUACUGGCGAAAGGACAAAUAAUCAUCACCACAGCGGAAAAGUGGGACGUGCUUUCCAGACGAUGGAAACAAAGAAAAAACGUGCAGAACAUCAAUUUAUUCAUAGUUGAUGAGCUUCAUUUGGUUGGUGGAGAAGAUGGACCCAUCAUUGAAGUGGUGUGUUCCAGAAUGAGAUAUAUCUCGUCGCAAAUCGACAAACCUAUAAGAAUUGUUGCCUUGAGUGCGUCGUUGACUGACUACAGAGAUGUAGCGGAAUGGUUGGGAUGCAACACUAAUGCCACUUUCAAUUUCUUACCCAGUGUUCGUCCAGUACCGCUGGAACUUCAUGUGAAGGGUUUCAAUAUAACGCACAAUGCAUCAAGGUUGAUUUCGAUGGCGAAACCAGUCUAUAACGCUAUUUCAAGAUAUAGUCCCCAUAAACCUAUCAUUAUUUAUGUACCUACACGAAAACAAGCCAGGAUCACUGCUAUCGAUUUGUUGACCAGUGCUUCGGCUGAAGGGCAACCUAAUAGGUUCUUCCAUGCUGAUGAAGAGGAUAUAAAGCCAUUUUUGGAUAGGAUGUCUGAUAAGACACUGAGAGAAACAUUAUCCCAAGGGGUAGCUUAUAUGCAUGAAGGCCUUUCAGCCAGUGAUCUUAGGCUAGUGGAACAGCUGUUUGAUUCAGGAGCUGUUCAAGUAGCGGUAAUCACAAGGGACCUGUGCUGGACAGUAAAUAUAUUUGCUCAUCUGGUGAUUAUUAUGGAUGUGCAAUACUAUAACGGAAAAACUCAUACUUACGAAGAUUAUCCCGUUACUGAUGUCCUUCAAAUGGUGGGACGAGCCAAUCGACCUCUAGAAGAUGAUGAUGCUAAGUGUGUCCUUAUGUGCCAGAAUUCUAAGAAGGAAUUCUACAAGAAGUUUUUAUGCGAUCCAUUACCAGUAGAGAGUCAUUUGGAUCACAGAUUACCCGACCAUUUCAAUGCAGAAAUCGUCACCAAAACUAUUGAGAACAAACAAGACGCCGUCGAUUAUUUAACGUGGACCUUCUUAUACAGAAGGCUCACGCAAAAUCCCAACUAUUACAAUCUUCAAGGUGUUACCCACAGACAUCUCUCUGAUCAUCUCUCAGAAUUAGUCGAAAAUACACUCAGUGAUCUAGAACAAUCGAAGUGUGUUAGUAUCGAGGACGAAAUGGAUUGUAUUCCUAUGAACUUAGGAAUGAUCGCUGCGUAUUAUUAUAUCAAUUAUACUACGAUAGAGCUUUUCAGUCUUUCCUUGAAUAGCAAGACCAAGAUCCGGGGUCUUCUGGAGAUCAUAUCUUCAGCUACAGAAUAUGAAGACCUCGCGCUAAGGCACAGAGAAGAAACAAUUCUGCGUGAGCUUUCAUACAAACUUCCGAACAAGUUGAGCAGCGCCUCUGGUGGCCCUCCCAAGUUCAACGAUCCUCACGUUAAAACUAAUCUUCUCCUACAAGCUCACCUGUGUAGAUUACAACUGAGCGCUGAACUGCAAGGAGACACUGAAAUUGUGCUGGGCAAGUCUAUUAGGCUAAUACAGACCUGUGUUGAUGUGUUAAGUUCAAACGGUUGGCUGUCACCUGCUGUAGCUGCUAUGGAACUGGCGCAAAUGGUCACACAGGCUAUGUGGAGUAAAGAUUCGUAUUUGAAACAGUUGCCUCAUUUCACUAAUGAAAUAAUUAAAAGGUGCACUGAUAAGGGAGUGGAGACAGUUUUCGACAUAAUGGAGCUUGAAGAUGACGAUCGGGCUAAACUUCUACAAUUGAGCGACGCCCAAAUGGCAGACGUAGCCAGAUUCUGUAACAGGUAUCCCAAUAUUGAGUUAACUUAUGAAGUAGCUGAUAAAGACAAUAUCCACUCGGGAUCUUCAGUUCAUGUCAAUGUACAGUUAGAAAGAGAAGAUGAGGUUAACGGUCCAGUGAUUGCUCCAUUCUUCCCACAAAAACGUGAAGAAGGUUGGUGGGUGGUUAUUGGAGAUCCCAAAACAAACUCCCUUCUCUCGAUCAAGAGGUUAACCUUACAGCAGAAAGCUAAGGUCAAAUUAGAUUUUGUAGCCCCUAGUCCUGGAAACCACAACUAUACUUUAUAUUUCAUGAGUGAUGCUUACUUAGGAUGCGAUCAGGAAUAUAAGUUCAGUAUUGAUGUUGGCGACUUUGAAUCAAGCGGAAGUGAAUCUGAUUAAGCAUUCGGAAUUAUAAUUGAAUAAUGAAUAUUUAGGUUCAUUGAUUUAUUUCUAUACCUACUUCAAACUUUGCAAAUUAAUAGUGUGAAGUAAGUUGAAGAAUUUCCCCAUUUUAUAUAAAGUAUGUAUAUUUCUAUUUCUGUUCGUGAAAUAAUAAUAUAAAAAGUA